AUGAAGAGGGGCAAAAAAGUAAAAAAGAGGAAAAGAGGAGUAGAUGCAUCUGAGGAAAAUCUGCUGUUGAAACAGCCCACUGGAAUUCCAGGCGCAGCCCCUGGGUUUCAGUUUUGCAUAAACCAUUUCCAUUAUCUUUCACCCAACCCUACUCCUCCUUCUAUUCCUCUUUUCUCAUCCGUCCUCUAUGCAUCUGAGGAAAAUCUGCUGUUGAAACAGCCCACUGGAAUUCCAGGCGCAGCCCUGCGGUUUUCAUAUUUUGCCUCUGGUGGGACUGGGAUCGUUCCGCCUCCUCAGGACAUUGAAAAGCUUCGAGCUGUUAUAGACGCAAUAAAACUAGAAGAUGUCGGCUUGAAACCUGAAAUGCCAUAUUUCCGGAGGAACGCUGCUCAUAAAACCCCAAGAAUCACAUACCUCCAUAUCUAUGAGUGUGAAAAAUUCUCGAUGGGAAUAUUUUGCUUGCCACCUUCGGGUGUUAUUCCUCUUCAUAAUCAUCCUGGAAUGACGGUUUUCAGUAAACUUCUUUUUGGGACAAUGCACAUCAAAUCGUACGACUGGGUGGCUGACUAUCCUAGAGACACCCCCACCAUUCUCAAACCAACCGAAAUCAAGAGUUCAGAGGUGCGGUUGGCUAAAGUCAAGGUUGAUGCUGAUUUCGCUGCUCCUUGCAACCCCUCCAUCCUUUAUCCUGCUGAUGGAGGCAACAUGCAUCGCUUCACGGCUGUUACAGCUUGUGCAUUUCUUGAUGUUCUUGGUCCUCCUUAUUCAGAUCCUGAUGGCAGACACUGUACCUACUACGUCAAUUACCCUCUUUCUCACUUCUCAGUGAAUGGAAAUGCCGUACCAGAAGAAGAAAGGAAAGGCUAUGAAUGGCUGAGAGAGAGAGAGAACCUUAAGGAUAUAGUUGUGGUCGGGGCAACGUACAGAGGCCCGAAGAUUGCGGAGUAAGCUGAUGUUACUGUCUCUGUCGCUGAGCUCAUCUAGCAAAGUUGUUGGCUGGAUGCUGACAUUCUGUCCAGCAACUGACCUUGUCGCCUUCAUCUUUGUUCUCGUACUUUUGUGGGUUUUCCUUUUCAUUAUUGAGCAGGUCUACAGUUAACAUGUACAUAUCGAAACAGAGACAGAGAAAGUGAUUCUGCACAGGUAGUUGAAAUUGGAAUGGAGGGUCAUUGAGUUAGUUGUCCGGUAGAGCAUCGUUUUGUUAGACGUGGCAGGUCAUUUCAUAUUAAAUAUCUGAUGAUUCAAAGCUGAAAGCAAUUGAUGUAUUAUCGAGCAAGGUGGUAUAUAUUUGGGCAAAACGAUGACUCUAUGCACUUUGAAAUUUUGCAUGUGAUCGUCAUGAAGGGGAAGCUUCCCUUCAUGAAAUACAGAGCUCAAAA